CUGUAGGGUUCAUCAAGCAAUUAAUCGAGAAUGGCAAGCUUUGUGAAAGAAUUAACGAGAACAGACGUUGGUUCCAUGUUGGUAAUCCCAGUUUCAUUCAUGAACAACAUGCCACAGGUUCAAGGAGGACACUCCAUAAAUAUAACGGUAUCAAAUGCAGGUGGAACAGAAUGGAAUUUUGGAUACUACGUCCGAGCGAACCAAAAUCCGCGGCCUGUUCUGAAAUCAAGCUGGUGCCACUAUGUCCGUGAGAAAGGACUGAGAGUUGGUGACAGAAUCAUAUUUCAGCGUCUGGAAUGCUUCCCAGUGCGUUACAGGAUUGGAGCAAGAAGAAGAGUAACUAUACUUGGUCAGGAGCUUCUAGCUUGGAAUAAUCCUGGUGAUCCCCUCAUCAAUCUACUCAACCCUAUUCAACAACCUCCUGUUCAACAGCAAGAUCCUCAACCAUUUCAGCAUGCUCUUACUCUCACUGAGCAACAAGGUGCCCCACCUCCACAUCAUAAUACAAAUUCCAUACCUCAUCCUUUGAACACUAAUAUCACAUUGGAACCUUACCCCGUUAGCUUCAAGAUACCUCAACUUGAGACAUAUGAUGGGACGAAGGAUCCAGAUGAUCACCUCCAUGCCUUUUACUCUUGUAUGCAAGCUCAGAACGCUUUUGAUGCAUUGAUGUGCAAAAUCUUUCCCUCCACUCUCCAUGGCAAUGCUGGAAUCUAUAGAAGAUUGAUAAGAAAAACCACUUCUAAACUGAUGCGAGUCAAGCAGAGGGAAGGAGAAUCUCUGAAGAAUUAUAUGAGUCGGUUCAACGAUGCAGUCCUCGAAGUCAACUCAUUCAACCAAGCCGUGGGAAUUGCGGCUGUAAUUCAAGGUCUCCAGCACGAGAGAUUCAAAGAUAGCUUGAUCAAGUAUCCUACUGCUACUUUUAAUGAAGUCAAUGACAGAUCGUUGAAAUUCAUAACUGUUGAGAAAUAUGCCUUAUCACAGAAACCAAUUCUUCCCAAGAACCAAAACCCAGAUUCGAGAGAUGAGGGUCAGAGUAGAAAACGGAUGAAGACAGUGCAGAAUCGAGGUCCAAUGAUGACCUCCACACCGAAAUUUGAGAAACCGAACUCGAUACCACCCCAGCAGAGGUACGAUGGUCCCAUCUAUGGAUUCAAUAACCAACCUGUUCAGGUAGAAGGAGUCCUUACUCUCAAUGUUGCUUUUGGGAGUGGCCGAACAUAUGUUAUCCCAUCAGUUUGGUUUCUAGUUGUGAAAAUGGCAUCCUCUUUGAAUGCUGUUAUUGGACAACCCACGUUAACCGAGAUCCGAGCUAUGGUUAUAAAAAAAGAGGUAGAGAAGCCCCUACAAGCUGGUUUCGUCAAAAGAGUUGAUUACUGCGAAUGGGUGGCUAACCUGGUAUUGGUCAAGAAGGCCAAUGUUGAAGCGGCUUCUAGAAAUGAGAGAUUAAGUCUCUUGGACGCAUAUUCUGGUUACCACCAAGUGCCGAUGGCUCCAGAAGAUGAAGAGAAAACCUCAUUUUAUAUGGGUGAUGAAAUUUACUGCUAUGUUAUGAUGCCCUUUGGCUUAAAAAACGCAGGUGCCACUUACCAAAAAAUGGUGACCAUCGUCUUCCGAGCUCAGAUCGGCAAGAAUCUGGAAGUUUAUGUCGAUGACAUUGUGGUAAAGAGCCUGAAAGCAAAAGACCACCUAGCUGAUCUCGAUGAAACAUUCAACAACCUCAAGAAGAACAGAAUGCAAUUAAAUGCAGCCAAAUGCAUCUUCGGUGUGGAGUCUGGGAAAUUUCUAGGCUUCAUGGUUUCAUGGAAAGGGAUUGAAGUUAACCUAGAAAAGAUUAGAGCAAUUUUCGAGAUGAAACUGCCGAAGUCGGUGAAAGAUAUACAGAGAUUAACUAGAAGGGUGGCAGCUCUUCAUAGAUUCAUAUUGAAGUCAGCAGAUAAGUGCCUGCCAUUCUUCAAGAUCAUGAGGUCUGCGAUCCGAGCUCAAGCACUGGCGGAUUUCAUCGUGGAAUGCACCCCAUGUCACUCAAUUCCUAACUACGAGCCAAGUGACUGGACCUUAUAUGUUGAUGGAGCAUCUAGUAGCAAGGAUUCAGGAGCUGGUGCUUUCUUAAUUGGCCUAGAUGGAUACCGAAGUGAGCAUGCUCUGAAGUUUAACUUCAAUGCAACAAACAACAUGGCUGAGUAUGAAACCCUGCUACUUGGUUUGCAACUAGCAUUGGAGCUGAAAGUCAUGGCGAUACAAGUAUACAGUGACUCGCAGCUUGUGGUUAAUCAAGUUAACUCAAUCUGCGAAGUUGUUGAUCCUGUGAUGAUGAAAUAUGUAGCCCUGGUGGCCGAGUUGAAAUGCAAAUUCUAGAAAUUUUGUCUGAACAAAAUUCCCUGAACUGAGAAUGACAAGCAGACUCCCUUUCUAAGUUUGCCUCUGAUAGCUCUUUACGCACCAUAUCAGUUUUCA